UGGAAGUUCUGAUAGAAAUGAAAAAACAAGGUAUACCUUUUAACAAAGAAACCUAUCUACUUGCAUUUGCAAUAUGCUACAAACUGGACAACCUGGAGUCUUGCAAAAUCUCUGCAAAACUGCUUGAAGAAGCACAGCUAAAAGGUGACACAUUACCACUGCGAGUGUUCUGUUUUGCUGUGGCAACUGCUCUGAAGCAGAAUGAUGUAGCACAAGCCAAAUUUUAUUGUUCCCAGAUAAUGAAAACAGAGAACAAACUAUACAAUAAUCUUAAAGUUCUUGUCCAGCUCAGAUCUGGUUCGCUAGAAGAAGUACUAAAGACAUUGGAGGCAGCAGUGGAAGUAGAUACUCCUCCCUUUGUGAAAAAAAUUGAGUUUUCUGAGGAGGUGCUGGCUACAGUCAGGGAAAAGAUGGAAGAAAACCCUGCCCUUUCUGCCAAAUUAGGAGGUAUUUAUACGAAACUACAAGCUUCAGGACGGAUAACCAUGUGCACUCUGGAAGAUAUGCUUUUCCAGAUUCCUAGUUCAAAGAAGACCCCUGCAAAGUUUUUAAAUCAGAAGCAAUUGGGCUAUCAGGCUGCUAAACCACUUCGGUCAAAUCUAUUGUUGGAGUAGUUCAGUAUUUGACAGCAAACUGAACUGCUGUUAGCACCUUUUAGAAGCCAAAUGAAAUGUCUUCUCCCCUCCUCUA